AUGAUUAUUGCCCUUCUCAGCCUUGCCAAGAUUCGCGGAGUUAUAUUUGAUGUCGAUGGAUUGCUAUUAGAUUCAGAGGACAUCUUUGCACGAUGUUUUAAGAAUGUCACCGGAAUGGAACUUACGCUUGAUGUACAUGUUAAAGCAAUGGGAUUGACUGGAGUUAAUUUAGGAAAAUCCCUGAUGGAUAGUUGCAACAUAAGUGGUGAUCCUGCCGAAUUUAUGAAAAAAAUUGAUAAUUGCACUAUUGGCUUAUAUCCAACUAGUAAAUUACUCCAAGGUGCAAGAGAAAUUGUUCACAAAUUUGCCAGACAUAAUAUCAAAUUGGGAAUUGCAACAGGAGCUAAGCAAUGUCAAUUUGAAGUCAAAAUAAUCAAUCAUAAAGAUGUUUUCUCAAAGUUUGAAGCAUUUACAUAUGGAAGCGAUGUUACACGAGGAAAACCAAAUCCUGACAUUUUCCUCAUUACAAUGGAGAAGUUAAAUCUAACAGAUCCAAGUGAAAUUCUUGUUUUUGAAGAUGCACCAAAUGGUGUGAAAGCUGCAAUUUCAGGCGGAAUGAAGGCUGUGAUCGUUCCAAAUCCUCUUACUCCAUAUAAGCAGUAUUUGGAGAAGCUUGGUGCAGUCCCAACAAUGGAAUUGAAGUCAUUGUUAGAUUUUGACUAUUCUUCCUAUCAAUUUAUUGAUAGAUAUGGAAAUGAAGUCGUAUUUGAUGAAGAUAAUACUCAAGAAUUAUAA